ACCCAUGGGCUGCUCUGGGUGACAGGUCACCUGACACACUGGGGCCUGGGCCCCGGGUUUGGAUCCCGCCCUGCCACUCAGAUCACAUUCUGCUGGGUGUUCCUGCCAGCCUGCCCUCCCGCUCUGAACAUCGUUACAGCCAGGCCGGUGAGAGCGUAGCCCUGGAGCGUCGGCACGAGGCUCACAGCCGGUGACAAUUUUGGAUACCCGGCGAGGUGGGCUGGGCCAGCCCCAGGUGGAGGAGGGCCGCCCGCCGCCCCUCGCGGCUGUCCCCUGGAAGAGCGGGGGCCCCUGCAAAGGCCGCGGGGAGUCCCCAGGAGCCCUGGCGGAGACCCCUGCCAGGGAGGAGGCCCAAGGCGAGGAGGGCCCCACGGCCACCCAGCUGGACGUGUCCCGCCUGCGCAGCUCAUCCAUGGAGAUCCGAGAGAAGGGCUCGGAGUUCCUGAAGGAGGAGCUGCACAAGGCCCAGAAGGAACUGAAACUGAAGGACGAGGAGUGCGAGCGGCUGUCCCGGGUGCGGGAGCAGCUGGAACAGGAGCUGGAGGAGCUGACGGCCAGCCUGUUCGAGGAAGCCCACAAGAUGGUGAGGGAGGCCAACAUGAAGCAGGCGGCGUCAGAAAAGCAGCUGAAGGAGGCGUGGGGCAAGAUCGACAUGCUGCAGGCGGAGGUGACAGCCUUGAAGACACUGGUCAUCACGUCCACCCCAGCCUCCCCCAACCGCGAGCUCCACCCCCAGCUGCUGAGCCCCACCAAGGCUGGGCCACGCAAGGGCCACUCCCGCCAUAAGAGCACCAGCAGCGCCCUCUGCCCGGUGGUGUGCCCUGCUGCGGGACACGCCCUCGCCCCGGACAAGGAGGGCAAGGAGCCCGGGCUGCCCCCCCUCCUCUCCUUGCUCCUCUGUGUGGUCCCCAGCAAGGCGGUUCACCUCACCUAUGAGCCGGUCUGGCCGCUCCCACCCGCGGCCCCCACCUCUGCUACCUCUCUCUACUUUUCCCGACAGGUGGACACAACCCUCUUUGCAGAGUUCCAAGCUUGGAGGGAGUCACCCACCCUGGACAAGACCUGCCCCUUCCUGGAGAGGGUGUACCGGGAGGACGUGGGCCCCUGCCUGGACUUCACAAUGCAGGAGCUCUCAGCGCUGGUGCGGGCCGCCGUGGAGGACAACACUCUCACCAUCGAGCCUGUGGCUUCGCAGACACUGCCCACCAUGAAGGUGGCCGCGGUCGAGUGCAGCAGCGCCAACAGCACGUGUGCCCUGAGUGGGCUGGCCCGGGCCUGCCGCCACCGCAUCCGGCUGGGCGACUCUGAGAGCCACUACUAUAUCUCACCGUCCUCCCGGGCCAGGAUCACUGCAGUCUGCAACUUCUUCACCUACAUCCGCUACAUCCAGCAAGGCCUGGUGCGACAGGACGCGGAGCCAAUGUUCUGGGAGAUCACGAGGCUGCGGAAGGAGAUGUCCAUGGCCAAGCUCGGCUUCUUCCCCCAGGAGGCCUAGGGCAGAGCCUGGGCCUGGAGAGGGGCUCUGGGUUGGAGCACACAUCUGCCCCAAGGUGGACAGACAGACAAGAAGACCGGGUCCUAGAGCCAGCCCUGAGCCAGAAGCUGACCACCUGCCCCAGGACCGAUAAAUGACCCGGCCCCAGAGACAGCGCCGGGCCGGCACGAAACAUCCAUCCCAGGGCAGACGGAGAGGCAGACAAGACUGGACCUCAUGGGGUCCCUCUCUCACCCACUGGGCUCUACAACUCACCAGGAGACUUCAAAGAAAGCACCAAACACCAAGGAGCUCAAUGCCAUGCUCAGGGGGCUCAGCCCUUGGGAGGGGUCCCUGGGGCAGCUGGUAACCCCCUCUCUGGUCCUGGGAGCUGCUACCUGCAGGUGCCUUGUCAUUGCAUGUCCUCAGAAAGGGUGCUGUCCUGGGGUGGCUGGAUCUCUGGGGUAUCCCCCCCCACCCUGCCCAGUUCCCUCACCCUAGGCCACCAGCACCCCUGUGGCCUUUCCUCAUCCCGUUCCCUGAUGGCCUCCCAGUUGGACUGUCCCAGUGGCCCCUACUGUCCCGAGUGCCCCCGGGAGGGGCUGGCAGGGCCCCCACUGGUCCCUCCCACUUCAGCCUGUAUGUGGUUGAGAACGGCCCGGAAAGGUUCCUAAGAUGAGUCAGGGGCCCUCCUCCCUCCCCCAGCCCUGUGCUCCCAGGAGGCCCUGCACCCACCACUCCUGGAAGGCCUGGGACACUUUUCUUCUGACAUGAGACCCAGACAAGGCCUCAGGACGCCCCUGCCUGUUUUCAGCUGGGGUGGGGGUGGGAGUGGGCACACAGACGAGGAGGGCUGGGGUCACCAAGCCCUGCAGGAGGGGCCGGGCUGGAGCCGGCAGGACCUGGGCCGCUCCCCUCACCCCUCGCAGCCCACCUGCAGAGGGGCCUGGGGUUCAGGGUUCAGGGCUCCAACCUGACACAUCCCUCACCACGUCCGGAUUUCCUUCUUUUAAUGGAAUGUAAUGCGAUCUCUAUUUAAUAAAAGAAGGCUUUGUUGGUA